UUGCCCGGAGUUGGGCGCUUGUCUCUUGCCAGGAGCUCGCCCGUGACAGCGGGAGGCGGAGCCCCGCGGGCGGGGGCAGAGAGCCGGUCCCCGGCCGCGGGAUGAGCAGGACCCGGGCGCCGUGCUGAGUCGGGGCCGGAGAGGCGGCGGCGCAAGCCGGUCGGGAACAGAAACAGUUUGGGCAGCAGCAGUGCAGAUUUCCUCAUACUGCCUGCCAACAUGCCUCAAAUCUGACCAGGAAGGGGCCACCUAGAAGGAAAAAUGACCUUUCAUUAAAGAGCAUAAGAAUAAGUCACCUUACUGUAAAAAAUCAAGACUACAAAACUAGUCUAACUGAUGAAGAAACAAAACCUACACCAUAUGUUGUACAAUGGGUACUACAAAUGAUGAGAUGGUUUCAGUAGAGCAGACUUCCUCCUUGAACCCUCUAUGUUUUGAAUGUGGCCAGCAACAUUGGACAAGGGAGAAUCAUUUGUACAACUAUCAGAAUGAAGUGGAUGAUGACUUGGUCUGCCAUAUUUGCCUUCAGCCUUUGUUGCAGCCAUUAGACACCCCUUGUGGACACACGUUCUGCUACAAGUGCCUAAGGAACUUUUUGCAGGAGAAGGAUUUCUGUCCAUUGGAUCGAAAAAAGCUUCAUUUUAAACUCUGCAAAAAAUCCAGUAUUCUCGUACAUAAACUGUUAGACAAAUUGUUUGUUUUGUGUCCCUUUUCUUCAGUAUGUCAGGAGGUAAUGCAACGAUGUGAGCUGGAAGCACAUCUCAAAAACAGGUGUCCUGGAGCUUCCCAUCGAAGGGUUGUACUGGAGAAAAGGAAGUCUAGCAAGCUGCAGACAGAAGCUGAGAAUGAAAAUGGGCCUAAUCUGAUAGAUCACCCAGGCACUUUAUCUCCAGAUACAGACCAUGCUGGGACGGGGCCAGUGCCAGUGGAUCAGAACUUUACCCCAACCACUCUUCCUUCAUGGACAGAUGAGCCUGGCCUUGACAACCCUGCCUUUGAAGAGAGCACAAUAGCAGACAGCUUCCCACCUAUGGAAUACUGUCCUGUUCGAACGAAAAGGCAACUGAGUAACUCCUGCAUCCAUCUGCAUCGAACUAACAGUAACACCUCUAGCAUCUGCGAUAUUAGAGAGGAAACACUGAGCCUUACCACAGAGGAAGCAACCCACCAGCCACCUACCUUGCCCGAAGGAGAAAUCACUACAAUUGAAAUUCACCGGUCCAAUCCUUAUAUUGAGUUAGGAAUUAGCAUAGUGGGUGGCAAUGAAACUCCUUUGAUCAACAUUGUUAUUCAAGAGGUUUAUCGGGAUGGGAUCAUUGCCAGAGAUGGAAGACUCCUUGCUGGAGACCAAAUACUUCAAGUCAAUAACUUUGACAUCAGCAACGUGUCCCAUAACCGUGCUCGAGCUGUUCUUUCCCAGCCCUGCAUGGUGCUGCAUCUCACGGUGCUCCGAGAGAGACGAUUUGGAAGCCGGACACACAACCAUGCUGACAGCACUUCGCUGCGAGAAGAUGGCUUUCAGGUGACGCUGCAUAAACGAGACUCCAGUGAACAGCUUGGCAUUAAAUUAGUGCGCAGAACAGAUGAGCCAGGAGUUUUUAUCCUCGACCUUUUGGAAGGGGGAUUGGCUGCUCAAGAUGGCAGACUUUGCAGCAAUGACCGGGUACUCGCAAUCAAUGGACAUGACCUGAAACAUGGGACACCGGAACUUGCUGCUCAGAUUAUCCAGGCUAGUGGGGAAAGGGUGAAUUUAACAAUCUCCAGACCAGUGAAAUCGCAGACAGUCGCUAUUCUCCGAGAAGCAGGGACUCAUAACAGCAGCCAGCACCAGGCGCAGCAGCUGUUCCACAGCAGACACAGUUCGCAUAAGAUUCUUUCCCAGUGUAUUGCAUGCCAAGAAAAGCACAUUACUGUGAAAAAAGAACCACACGAAUCCCUUGGAAUGACAGUGGCAGGAGGUAGAGGCAGCAAAAGUGGUGAACUGCCAAUUUUUGUUACUAGCGUGCAACCUCAUGGCUGUCUUGCAAGAGAUGGCAGGAUCAAACGAGGUGAUGUGUUGCUGAAUAUUAAUGGCAUUGACCUGACCAAUCUAAGUCAUAGUGAGGCAGUGGCUAUGCUCAAAGCCAGUGCUACCUCUUCAGUGGUGGCACUCAAAACAUUGGAGGUUCAGAUUGUUGAAGAACAAACCCAGACUAAUGAGGAACAACCAAGCACAAUCAGCGAAAAUGAAUAUGAUGCUAGCUGGUCGCCCUCGUGGAUCAUGUGGCUGGGGCUUCCCAGCGGCCUACAUAGCUGCCAUGAUGUAGUGCUACGGAGGAGCAAUUUAGGAAGUUGGGGCUUUAGCAUCGUUGGUGGAUAUGAGGAGAAUCACACAAACCAGCCUUUCUUCAUUAAAACGAUUGUUCUUGGAACUCCAGCAUACUUUGACGGAAGGUUAAAGUGUGGUGACAUGAUUGUCGCUGUAAAUGGACUAUCCACAGUGGGCAUGAGCCAUUCCUCACUAGUUCCUAUGCUGAAGGAGCAGAGGAACAAAGUAACUUUGACUGUUGUUUGCUGGCCUGGAAGCCUCAUAUAGAUUUGUAAAACCGCUUUGGUUCAAGCAGAUGAUUUUCUACGUGGCUGGUAUAAAGCCUCCAUUUUUUUUUCUACUGAUACAGCUGGUAAUAAGCAGGGCCAAAAACUGCUACAUUCAUUUUUUUUAAAGGGGGGGAUUCUCAACCUCUUUACUGUACGUAUGUUGCCAUCUUGAAACAGCCAUAUCUACCAAAUUUGUUGUGCUCAUUGUUUAAGAGCUGGCACAUGCACGUUAAGAUGUUAUUGUCAUUAAGCCUUCCCAGACAGUAAUAGUCUGACAGUCAGCAGAAGAAUUCUGUGGUAUUUCUAGUUAAUAUUUUUCCAAAUUGAAACGUAAAAUGGUAAGCUAUGUACUCUCUCCUCCUUGAGAGAAGAUUCAUGUCAGUAAUGCAAUUAAAGUUCUACCCGUUGCUGCUGUGAAUCAAAAUUGGUAUAAAAAGGAAUACAUUUUUCAUUUUUUUUGUAAAUAUUUUCAUUUUGUUCCAGUAUGUUAAAGCCAUUCAAGGAUCUGUCUUACUCAUAAGAAAGUGUUUGGUCCCAUGGUUUUUGUUGCAGGUCAUCAGUGUUCACAAAAGAGUAGGACAAAAGCCUGAUAUUACUGGAAUUUUUAUAAAGUGCAAUAAUCGGACUCUUUGCUAGAAAACGAUUUAAUAUAUUACAAAGUUUGUAUCCUAUAAUGCAAAGGAAUAUGGAAGUAAUCAGUCAGAAUGCUGGCAACAAUAAAUAUGCCUGGGUCAUCUUUGAUCGAACGGCCUGCUGUAUUAGAGUUUACUUUCCAAAUGAAUGUUUUGCUAUGUCAGAAAAUUUUGAUGAACAUUUUUACUAAAACCAUUUUUACAGUUUAUAUUGUGAUUGUCAGUAGCUCUUUUUAUUCUUAUGUAGAAACAUUAUUGUGACUCAACCUGUAAAUCAGAGAGGUAUUUAAAAAAAAAAAGAAGAAAGCUGUUUAUGACAGUGUACAUUACCAUUUAAAAGUAAGGAGGCUGGACUCCAAGUGCAAAGGGAGCUGCAAAGUUUUACUUAUUCUGUUACUUGCUGACAAAUGCCUUCGUAUAAAAUGUUGAAAAGAUCUGUCUUGUAUUUGAGAAAUCAUUUUUCUUUGGCAAACACUUGCCACUCGAUUGACAACUAUAAUAUUUUAUAUCUUUUAAUUAUGUUUAGCAUUUUUAAAGCAAACCUAUCACUUGCAGGUUUUGCUUUGUCCAUAACGUUUGCAGGAUAAGCGUCCUUUUGUAAAAGAACACCAACUAAUGUGCUGAUCUGGAGCAAAAUCUGUACAUUGUUAAUGUUCUGCAUACUUGAAAAAGCAUUCCAUUUAGAAACCAAGUUCAGAAUCUGAACUAAUUUAUGAAUGACCUCUCUGUUGUAAUAAUGAUGGUAUUAAUUAUCAGCGAAUGUAUUUCAUAAUCACUGCAUAUUUCAAUUGUGAAGCAUGAACUUUAUUUUCAGACUUAGCAGCUAUACUAUUGGGGCAUAUUAUCGCAUGUCACUGAUUCCAGUAGCUUUGUUUAAAAAAUAAAGCUACCAUCUCUUGCAAAAAAUGUAAAAGCUUUAUGAAUGAAGUAGUUUUAUUCCUCUCUGUGGUGUCUGAUGUUUGUUUGCUUUCACACUAUCAGGACACAAAUCAAUCGCCCAUGCAGUAUAUUACUGUAUAGAAAAUAUUUGUUUUUGAAGCAGUCAGAGGCUACAUUUCUUUGAUAUCCCUAGCUGAGAUGAGAACAAGUUUCCUCCCAUCCAAAAAUAGUUUAACUGUAUAUUUUGUUUUUAAUGCAAAGUUUUGCCAACUACGUCUUUGCAUAGCAUUUACGAAAUAUAGUGACCGGUGUGUUGGGUUUAAAAUAUUUCAUCUGAAGUGACAUCAUACUCGAAAUCUGAGCAAAAAUCAAAGUUUUGCCCUUUUUUUCUUUUGUAUCAUGAAAGCAUGGUUAAGCUUAAGUUGUGCUAUAGAUUUUGUUCCACUGGGCAAUAGCUUUUGAUCACAAUGUCUUGUGACAGAAACUUGUUCCGAAGGGGCUCCCUCUCUUAAACUAAUGUGUUUUUUUUUUGGGGGGGGGGGUUCUCUUAUGAUCUUGUGGUUAGUUUAUCGGGUUUAUUCUUCUGUGCCUUCUGUUUAAAUUAUUUCAAGAUUUUUUUUUCGGAUGUUACUAUCUAAUUGUGUGGUAUUAUUGAAGAAUGAAUGAAAAUAAAAGUCCAUUCUACCCAUUUUAA